AUGGCCUCCUCUCAGAAGCAGCUCUCUCUGUUGUUCCUCAGUUACGCCCUUCUGGCUCUCGUGCAAGAAAUGCCUUGUCUUGCUUCAUCUCGAAGCUCUUCUUUACUGGCCCUUACUGGUGAUCGUAACCAAACGAGAAACCAGGAAGUGGAGGCACUCCUAACAUGGAAGUCUAACCUAGAUAGCGAGAGUCGCCACACUUUGUCCUCGUGGAAUGGCAGCAACCCUUGUUCAUGGCGCGGAAUCGUUUGUGAUCCUCUCGGGAGCGUUGCGAGCUUGAACCUUUCUGAUUCUGCCAUACACGGUACGCUCAAUCAUCUCAACUUCUCCCAAUUGCCCAACUUGAUCGCUCUAAAGCUUGCCAACAACUCCCUCUUCGGGAACAUCCCUCCGAGCAUGGCUGACCUUGGCAAGCUUACUCAUCUGAACUUGUCUCAAAAUAACCUUUCAGGAAACAUUCCAACUCAAAUUGGGUCCUUGCGAUCUUUACAAAUUCUCGAGCUUUCACAUAAUAAUUUCACCGGCCGAAUUCCCAAACAGAUUGGUAGUUUGACCAACUUGUCGGGCCUAUUCCUUUCAUAUAAUAAGCUUUCCGGUUACAUCCCUCGAGAAUUUGGGAUGCUCAAAUCUCUCAAUUAUCUCUUCCUGAUGAACAAUCUCAUUGGGGGUCCAAUUCCUUCUUCCAUUGGAAACAUGAGUAGCUUGUGGGAUAUACGGCUUUUCAAUAAUCAACUCGUUGGGUCCAUUCCAAAGGAAAUAGGCAUGUUGGCAUCUCUAAGUCAACUUGAUUUAUCAAGAAAUUAUCUCAAUGGAUCCAUCCCUACAACUCUAGGAAAUCUGAGUAAUUUGGCAUUUCUUUACCUCUAUGCCAACAAACUUUCUGGAUCCAUACCUUCGGAAGUUGGAGGAAUGGAAUCCCUCGUACACUUUCAACUGCUAGACAAUGAUUUAACAGGUUCUAUCCCGACAUCCAUAGGGAGCUUGAACAAUCUGAAUGUUCUUUCCAUUUUCAACAAUGAGUUGUCGGGUCCUCUCCCAUCCUCAAUAGGUAACUUAAGCAAUCUAAAUGUUCUUAGCCUUUACAAGAAUAAGCUUUUUGGUCCUAUCCCGUCAUCCAUAGGGAACUUGAGCAAUCUUAAUGCACUUUCCCUUUACAACAAUCAGCUUUCUGGUCCUAUCCCAUCAUCCUUAGGGAACUUGACGAAUCUUAAUGCACUUUUCCUUUCCAACAAUGAGCUUUUUGGUCCUAUCCCAUCAUCCUUAGGGAACUUGAGCAAUCUUAAUACACUUUUCCUUUUCAACAAUGAGCUUUCUGGUCCUAUCCCGUCAUCCUUAGGGAACUUGAGCAAUCUGAAAGCUCUAUCCCUUUACAACAACGAGCUUUCCGGUCCUAUCCCGUCAUCCUUAGGAAACUUAAGCUAUCUCAGUGUUCUUUCCCUUUACAACAAUGAGCUUUCUGGUCCUAUCCCGUCAUCCUUAGGAAACUUAAGCUAUCUCAGUGUUCUUUCCCUUUACAACAAUGAGCUUUCUGGUCCUAUCCCGUCCUCCAUAUGUAACAUGAGAAAUUUGAAUAAUCUCUUCCUUUCCAACAAUGAGCUGUUUGGGCCUAUCCCGUCCUCUAUAGGCAACUUGAGCAAUCUGAAUUAUCUUUCACUUUCCAGCAAUGAGUUGUCGGGUCGCAUCCCGUCAUCCAUCGGUAAUUUGAGCAAUCUGAUUGUUCUUGACCUUAGCCAAAAUGAGUUGUCAGGCUUUAUUCCGACAGAGAUUGGAAAACUUGGGCUCCUUGUUCAAUUGAGUCUACGUCUGAAUAAUCUAGGGGGCUUUCUUCCCAUCGAGAUAAGCAAUCUUACAUCCCUCGCAUUCCUGCAGCUAUCCGAUAACCACUUUGUUGGCCAAUUGCCUCAAGAAAUGUGUAGUAACCAAGUUCUUGCAAAUUUUUCUGCUAAUAACAAUCACUUCAGUGGACCCAUCCCAAGAAGCUUGAAAAAUUGUUCGAGUUUGUAUAGAGUUAGGCUCGACAAUAACUUGCUCAAGGGGCAUAUAACCGAUGCUCUUGGUGUGUACCCCAACUUGGACUACCUAGAGUUGAGCAACAAUGAACUUUACGGUGAGCUGCCGUCGAUAUUGGGUGAAUGUACAAAUCUGACGAGCUUGAUAAUCUCCAACAAUAAAAUCUCCGGCACCAUACCACCUCAGCUUGGAAAUAUGAAUCAGUUGCACAGACUUGACCUCUCUUCAAAUGAUAUUGUCGGGAAAAUUCCUAAAGACCUUGGAAAAUUAAAGUUGCUGCUGGAGCUUUCAUUAGACAGCAACCAUCUUGCAGGCCACAUCCCUCAAGAACUUGGAGCCUUGUCCAGUCUCCAGAAACUCAACAUUGCAGGAAACAACCUGAGUGGCUCAAUUCCUACACAACUUGAGGGGUGCUCCAACCUUCUAUUCUUGAAUUUAAGCAGGAAUGAUCUUGAAAAGAGUAUUCCUAUGGAGAUCGGCAACCUCCAGUCUCUUCAAGUUCUCGAUCUGAGUCAAAAUUUGCUCAAGGGAGGAAUACCCCAAAAGCUCGGGCUAUUGCAUAGAUUGGAAUUACUCAAUCUCUCACACAAUCAGUUCUCAGGUUCAAUUCAGUCGACCUUUGAUGGUAUGGCGAGCUUGACAUCAAUCGACAUAUCAUAUAAUGAGUUAGAGGGUCCUUUACCAGACAUUCCAGCCUUUCGUAAUGCUACAAUUGAAGUUGUGAGAGGAAACAAAGGCUUGUGUGGAGUUAUUGCUAGUCUCAAACCUUGUACUGGAAGAAUGUCGAAAGGCAAGAACAAAACCAAAAGUUUGCUGAUAAUUUUGAUUCCUACUUCAGGUUGCCUACUUUCGUUGCUUCUUGUUGUGGGAGCUUCAAGUAUUGGAUGUCGAAGAGUAAGGAAAACAGAGGCUAGUUCGGCUGAUGGAAGCAGUGAAAAUCCGUGGGCAGUAUUGAGCUUUGAUGGAAGAAUGGUCUAUGAGAGCAUUAUUGAAGCCACCGAGGAGUUUGAUGCCAGGAACUGCAUCGGUGUGGGCGGACAUGGGAUUGUUUACAAGGCCCAGUUGCAAACAGGUGAGAUCGUCGCUGUAAAGAAACUUAAGGAAGCAGUGCACAUCGAAAUUGGAAGUCGAAAAGCAUUUGAAAGGGAGAUUCAUGCUUUGACCAAUACUCGUCAUCGGAAUAUCGUCAAGUUCUAUGGCUUUUGCUCAAGUUCUCGCUGUUCUUUUUUGGUGUACGAGUUCUUGGAAUGUGGCAGCUUGAAGGAUUUAUUGAAUAAUGAACAGAGGGUGGCAACUUUUGACUGGAAUAAGAGAGUGAAUGUUGUUAAAGGCGUGGCUUAUGCAUUGUCCUACAUGCAUCAUGAAUGCUCUCCUCCUAUAAUUCAUCGAGACGUGUCGAGCAAGAACAUUUUGCUGGAUGAAGAAUAUGAAGCCCACCUCUCUGAUUUUGGCACGGCUAAGGUCCUAGAACCUUAUUCAUCUAGUUGGACUUCCUUUGCUGGCACAUUCGGAUAUGCAGCUCCAGAGCUCGCAUACACGAUGGAGGUGAAGGAGAAAUGCGAUGUUUAUAGCUUUGGAGUGGUGACAUUGGAAGUAAUCACGGGGAGACAUCCGGGCGAUCUCAUAUCGUCUCUCGCAUCUUCAUCUUAUUCUUCAUCAAGCAAUUCAACAGCUUCACAUUGGCCCCUAAAACAAGUUCUAGAUCAAAGAAUUCCGUACCCAGAUGGUGAUCUGCUAGGUCAGGUGGUUUUCAUUGUAAAGAUGGCAUUUACAUGCUUGAGUGCAAAACCGGAGCAUCGUCCAAGCAUGGAGCAAGUUGUGUAG